AAUUGCUGCAUUUUUUUAUUAAACUUUUAACUUUGUUGGACCUCGACCUUUUGUGUCGCAAUCGCUCACAACUGACAUUUGAUUGACAAAAAAAUAAAAAUCACUUGAACUUCAACAUCUCAAUUUGGACUUAUCGUGUGUUAUUUCAAUUAACGAGACGAAAAACAGUGUUCGUUACAUCCUAAUUAACGCAUGAUAUUAACAUUCGUUGAAAAUGGCGACGCCGGCCGACGUUAGAGCUCUAUUCGAGGCGAGAUUGAAAGAAACUUCGCCACCCCCGGAAUUCCAUCCGUUGGACUUGGAGCGAGCGAAAGAUGAGAAAUACCUCAAAAGAGUGCUCGCUCACAGCGAAAAAGAUGCGAAAGCUGCCGCAGACAUGCUGUGGGACAUCUUAACUUGGCGGAAAUCUGUCGGCGCGAGUGAUAUUAACGAAACCAACAUCCGAUUGGAUUAUGUCAAAGAAGGGGUAUUCUUUCCGCGAGGACGAGACAUUGACGGCUGUCUGCUACUCGUGUUCAAGGCUAAAAUGCAUGUUAAAGGUCAGAGAGACUACGACGAGCUGAAGAAGAUCAUGAUAUACUGGUUCGACAGAGUGGAGCGCGAGGAGGCAGGUAAGAGAAUCACUAUGUUUUUUGAUAUGGACGGCAGUGGCCUCGGCAACAUGGACAUGGAGCUCGUGAAGUACCUGAUCACGCUGUUCAAGGCUUAUUACCCAUACUUCCUCAACUAUAUAGUGAUUUACCAGAUGCCCUGGGUAUUGUCCGCUGCUUUCAAAGUUGUGAAGACGUUGCUACCUGCUAGAGCAGUCGAAAAGAUGAGGUUUGUCAACAAAGACUCCUUGAAGGAUGUGGUGCCUCCUGAACAAGCUCUGACAUGCUGGGGCGGUAAGGAUAACUACACGUUUGAAUUUAUUCCCGAAAACAAGUCUGAACAUACGCCGAAGAAGGUCACGUUUGCUGAGCAAGGAGACGGCCAGCACUCUCCCGGUGAGAUGCUGCGGCUCGUUCCCAACGAUACAAUCACCUUCAAAACCGAAGGUGACGAGAUAUCCAGUCAAUUCACCAUUACGAACAUGGAUGAAAGUCCUGUGUCCUUCAAAAUAAGGACUACGGCACCAGAGAAGUUCCGUGUACGACCCAGUUCAGGUACCUUAGCUACUGGGGCCUCACAAACUGUCAUGAUCGUUGUCCAACCAGGCAUUCAACUAAGAACAGUAGCCAAAGAUCGAUUCCUAGUUAUGUCAAUCCAGAUACCUAAGACAGAUUUGACACCAAAAGAACUGACGGAAAUCUGGCAAGCGUCAACCGGUAGUAAGACUGAUGAGUACCGUCUAAAAUGCCUGUUCCCAGACAAAGACGUGCCUAAAAACGGUACAGUUAUUGAUGGCAAAGCUCCUGAGAAAUCCGAUUCAGUGUCAACUACGUUGAGUAAUUUGGAAAUGAACUAUGCUACGCUUCACCGAGACCUGAAACAAUUGAAGCUGAUGCAGUUCCUGACUUUGACGAUGACAGUGCUCGUCGCUGUUCUCGGAUACCUCCUGUAUGAGAAUGUGAGUGAGGACGCGAAGUACUGUGAACGUUUGUAGCCGUUGGAGUUAGUGGUGAUCAACGCCACUUUCAAGGUCGACCAUUUGAUGGCGAUCUUUGUACUAAUGUUGAUAGUUAAUGUUAUUCUUUAUAUUUUGUAUAGUCAGCUCAUGUGUAAAAUAAGUCUAUUGUCUGUUCGGUAACUCUCUGGUUAAAACGGUGAGGUUAUAAAAUACGGAUCUUGCUGGGUUGAACUGAUAAAAAAAUUACAGAUUUUGCUAUAUUAUAUGAAUAUUUUCAGCAGUUUAAAACAAUAAUAUCAUGGUUUAUGUGAGUUUAAGUAUUUUCUAUAAAAACGUUUUUAGUAAUGAAAUUUGGUUUCUUACACUCUGGACUGUUUGGUUCAACACAGCAUAGACGUUUGUUAAUUUUUUUUUCUUAAAUUAUGUCUAAUUAGAAUAAUUAGACAGAACAUGCAAUCCAUGUCUAAAUUAUUUAUCAAAACUUCAAUUAUUUGUAUUAGGUGCUUUAUAAAUUACGGUAUUAUGGGACGGGGGUUUAAAAUUAAAACACUUUGAAAUUGGUGAAUACUCUAACUUUUCAAUCCCUUAGAAAUUACAAUAUGCCACUGAAAUACUAAAUUGUGUUAAUAUGAUGAUGUCCUCUUAGCCGACUAUUCGCUACGGCGGCUGUUCUCAUAUAUGGAGAUCAGCCAGCUGUGCAGGACAUAUUAUAGUGCAGAAGCGUUUGAUCUUAACCAUGUUUAGUUUCUAUUAAAAUUCAGUUACAUUCAUUAUAGUUUAAACUGUAGAAAUUACAACAUGAAUACAGUUUCAAAAUGUUUUGUUAUGUCAAAUUACCAUUUAUAUGCAUUUUUUUUUUUCAAAUAUUGCCAUUCCAAUUAACAACUUAUAAAAAUGUAUUUAAUUUUCGAAAAAAAAUUGUGAAUCGAUUUUCCAACUAAUUUCGUGAUAUCCAAAUUUUUUCUUGUGUAAUUAGUUUAAAAAUAUAAUUAAUAUUCUUAAAGAAACAUUCCGAGAUUAGUGAAAUUUGUAAAGACGAAAAUAGAUAUGCAAUUGAUAAGAACAUUGAGUCAGAUGGUAUAGGUACACCUGUCGUAGGUAGUAGAUUACACUAUAUAGAUAAAAGAUAUUUAGGUCCGCGUUCGAAAAGAACGAAAAUAAAUAUGAGUAACUUAAACAAA